CCCGGCUGCCGCGCCACACCUGCUUCCACCAUUCUCGGAUUCCUACGCAUUCGUUCCUUCCCAGCCUCACACCCCCUCCCCAGCCAGACGUUCCCUCACUGCACCGAUCAACACCAGCGUCGUCUCCGACUUCUUCUUCCUCCUCUAGCUACUCGGUUCUUGAUUCCUCUGAUCCGUCGUUCGUUCGCUGGUCAGUGGUUUCAUCCAUCGUCCGGUCACAGGAAAAGAACAGCCAGCGUCUCUUUCCAUUGCUUUCUAGCGACCCCUCCGACCCCGACCUUCCAUGGCCAUCGCCUCCCGCAUCACGAAGCGCGCGCUCUCCACCUUCGCCGCCGCAGCCAAGCUCCCGGAGGCGGCCGUCGCGGCCGCCGGCGCCGAGGCGGUGCCCGUGCCGUCGUCCGCGCAGCAGCAGCAGCAUCAGGUGCUGGAGUUUGAGGACACCGGGAGGCUCUUCACCGGGGAGCCGUCCACGGCUCUGGUGCGCACGCUCGCGGCGCUGCAGUUGAUGUCCGCGGGCCCGCUGGUGGACGUGGGCCUCGCAGCGCUGCGGUCUCCGGCGGUGGCCGCGAGCCCCGUGGUCCAGGCCGCGGCGCGGGCCACGGCGUACAAGCACUUCUGCGCCGGGGAGACCGCCGAUGAGGCCGCGGCCCGGGUGCAGCGCCUCUGGCGCGGUGGCAUGGGCGGGAUCCUCGACUACGGCAUCGAGGACGCCGAGGACGGCGCCGCCUGCGACCGCAACGUCGCCGGCUUCCUCGCCGCUGUCGACGUCGCCGCCGCGCUGCCCCCGGGAUCGGCGAGCGUGUGUAUUAAGAUCACGGCGCUGUGCCCGAUCGCGCUGCUGGAGAAGACGAGCGACCUGCUGCGGUGGCAGCACAAGAACCCGUCGGUGCACCUGCCGUGGAAGCAGCACGCCUUCCCGAUCCUGUCCGACUCGAGCCCGCUGUACCUGACGCCGUCGGAGCCGGCGGCGCUGACGGCGGAGGAGGAGCGCGAGCUGCAGCUGGCGCACGACCGGCUGCUGGCCGUGGGCGCGCGGUGCGCGGAGCACGACAUCCCGCUGUUGGUGGACGCCGAGUACGCGUCGGUACAGCCGUCCAUCGACUACUUCACGUUCGUGGGCGCGCUGGCGUGCAACGGCGGCGGGCGGCCUAUCGUGCACGGCACCGUCCAGGCGUACCUCCGCGACGCGCGCGACCGGCUGGAGGCCAUGGUGCGCGCGGCCGAGGAGGAGCGCGUGUGCCUCGGGGUCAAGAUCGUCCGCGGCGCCUACCUCACCAGGGAGGCCCGGCUGGCGGAGUCGCUGGGCGUGCCGUCGCCCAUCCACGGCAGCAUCCAGGACACCCACGACUGCUACAACGGCUGCGCGGCCUUCCUCCUGGAGCGCGUCCGCCGCGGGUCGGCGUCCGUGAUGCUGGCCACCCACAACGUGGAGUCCGGGCAGCUGGCGGCGGCGAGGGCGCAGGAGCUGGGCAUCGGCAAGGGCGACCGGAACCUGCAGUUCGCGCAGCUGAUGGGCAUGGCCGACGGGCUGUCCCUGGGGCUCCGCAACGCCGGUUUCCAGGUGAGCAAGUACCUGCCCUACGGCCCCGUGGAGCACAUCAUCCCCUACCUCAUCAGGCGGGCCGAGGAGAACAGAGGACUGCUCUCCGCUUCCGCCUUCGACCGGCAGCUGCUCCGGAAGGAGCUGGUUAGGAGGUUCAAGAACGCGGUGAUGGGACGGGAGUGAGAUGGCCGACGGGAGGUUCACGGGAGAGAAGCGACGGAGUUAGAAGUUGUAAAUAUGCAUUGUUGUAUCGCGACCUGAAUGAAAUAAACGAAAUAAUGCUCUUGUUCAAUCGUCAGCCUCCGGUUCAAGUACUGCACCAAGCUGUUAUUUUUUACCUUUUUGAAAA